AUGAACAAUCUAAUCGGAGAGAGGGACUACUCUGCGCAGGAGAUCUGCCAUAUCCUCCUGGGACUCCCUCUCCAAGAGGAUAGCCGAGUGGUCCAGAGUGUUGACUGUAGACCCCGCGAGAGGCAUGCUCGCCCAAUCGACAUCGCGGCUGAUGGCGAUAUCCAGGAGUCUCAGACAGCAUACGAGAAGUAUCUUCGGCGGCCUGGCUCAAUGGAUGACGUCUCCUACUUUGAGUUCCUGCAAGACUGGAACUUCAAGGCGCGGAAUCCGGCGAGGUGGGCGAUCUGGCAGCCUCCUGCAAUGCCCAGGGUGUUGUAUUAUUACCCCCGGUACAAAGCCGGUCCGUUCCCAUCAGCAUCGGAACAAUUGCUCGAGGUUGAUGAUCUGCAGUUUGACAACUACACUUCCGCAUAUCAUUACUGUCUCGAGCACCACGACCACCAGGACGACCACUACGGUACUGUCGACGAGCCCGAUCCGCUGCCGGAAGAGGAUGAAUUCGAGCGAGGGGAGGAUGCUGGGGACAUCACACUUGAGGAUUGGCAGGAGGUGGCCCGGCUGGUCCCCGCCCUCCAACUUCCCGAAGAACCAGCCGACUUGCUUGGACGCCGAGACAUUGAUGUCAAUUGCGACUGGACACGACACAUUGGUCGCUACUCGCACGACCAGUUUGGUACCGGAGGUUACUGGGUGCAACUCCGUGGAGACGCUCCAAGUAAUUACGACGUGGAAGAGAUGCCCCUCGCAGCCCGUGACACGUUGAACACGCAGCAGCGGCAGGUAUACGACACGGUCAUGCGCCACUACAGAGCCAAGAACGAGAACCGUCAGCCUCCGCCCCUUCGUCUACAGAUCGACGGAGGAGGUGGGACUGGAAAGUCGUACAUGGUGAAGGUGAUCUCUUCUCAUCUUCAGGCCGAGGCAGCUUCCUAUGGCCGAGUUUCCCCCAUUGUCAGGGCGGCCCCGACGGGCGUGGCGAGCAACCAGAUAGGGGGACAGACUCUGCAUUCCCUUCUGCGGCUCCCCGUCGACGGAAAUUACCGCUCGCUCUCCGAGACCCCGACGACCCUCAACGCCUUGCAGCGGCGGUUCAGGGGCAUCCACUACCUCGUGAUUGACGAGAAGAGCAUGCUCGGCCUCAAGACCCUCGCGUGGAUCGACCAGCGCCUACGAGAGGUGUUCCCGGAGAAUCGCGACGAGUUCUUCGGCGGCCUCAGCGUCAUCCUGAUCGGGGACUUCUUCCAGCUUCCCCCUGUUCUGAACAAGCCGCUGUAUUCAACGCGCGACGACCUGAAGGAUAUCGAGAUGGUCGGGCGCAACGCAUACCUCUCGUUCGACAAGUCCGUGUUCCUGACCACAAUACAGCGGCAGCAGGGCGAAGACCAGGCUCCUUUCCGGCGGGCCUUUGAAAGAAACUGCGAAAUGGCUGAUGUGUCAGGUAUCCUCCUGGGAGCUCCUUUCUUCGAGACGUUCUGUCCAAGCCCUCUACCCGAGGAGGUUGACAGCUUUGCCGAUGCGCUUCGCAUCUAUCCCACCAAGAGCCAGGUCGUCGAGUACAACCACCAACACAUGCUUGGCCUGGACAGCCCCGCCAUUCAGGUCGAGGCAAAGCAUGAGGGUGUUGGUGCGGAGAAGGUUGAAUCCUCAAAUGCCGGCAACUUGGCCAAGCGCUUGCCCUUGUGUGUUGGUUGCAGGGUGAUGCUGACGCGAAAUUUGUGGGCCGAAGUCGGGCUCGUCAACGGCGCACAGGGCACAGUCUACGACAUAUCCUGGAAAGAAGGUACCGACGACUUCAUGGUCGGCGCCGACUCAUGUUCAAGAGAGCAGUUCCCGCUGUUGGUCAGCUAUGCGAUCACCGUCCACAAGUCACAGGGCAUCACCCUGGACAAGGUUGUCUGCGACAUCUCUGCGCCAGAGUUUGCUUCUGGCCUCUCCUACGUGGCCGUUUCGCGGGUGAAGACACUCGGCGGGGCUGAAUGUUUGAGCGGCCCUUCGAACGCAGCAGGAUCUACCGCGAGACACCAUCACCAGCUAUGGGGUUGA